GGGACGCAACUUAGUAAAAGGUAAGCAUGCCCUAGUAAGAAUAAUAAUACACUUUGUUCACUAAAUUUUUUUUUAAAAAAUUCUCUAAUUCCUUCGUCUCAAGUCACUUCCCCAGAAGAUGGGAUCUUCAAGAAAUUUGAUAAACCGCGGGAGCGUAAAAGACACAGGGAUUAGAGUGUUUUAGAGGUGUAUAAAUAAUUCUUUUUGGGUGUUUGUUGGCAUCAAUGUUGGAACUCAGAUGUGGUAGAUAUUCGCAUCCCCACAUUACUAUGUACCAGGUCAAACUUUUAGAGUCAUGUAGAAAUAAUUAGCACUUCUACAUCUACACAAUUUACAAGGGAAAUUCAAGUAGGAUGGUGCUUGUCCGCUCAUAACUUGGGUAUGUGUUCUAUCACCCAGCCUGAAUUAAGGAGCGUUGUGGAAGGACUUCAACUAGCCUGAGAUAUGAGAUAUCGACGAAUCAAAGUUGAACGGGACUCGAGGCGUGUGAUGCAACUUCUCCACAACACCAAGCACACGGACCACCAGCAUGCUGAGAUUAUUACAGUUUCCAGGAUCUUUUGAGCUAGGACUGCUGGGAGGUCCAGCUCCAUAUCUAUCAUGAGGCCAACAAGUGUGUUGAAUUCCUCGCAGGAUUAGGUCAUAGCUUACCUUUGGGUAUGCAUUGUAUCUCGAGCUCUUUUCCGGCUUUGUAUCACUACAUUUUGAAUGACUGUGUCUGUUAGGGUCUCUCAUAGACUAAUUUGGUUAUAAAUGAAAGUUAGAUGCAUCUGCUUUGAUUAUAAUAAAAAAAGAUAAAUUUAAAAUAAAAGUUUCGACCAAUAAAAUUGUAGCACAUAUUGUUUUUCUCUCCACUUAUUUUCCCCCCCAUUAAUAGCAAAAGAUUUAUUUCAUUUUUUCCUUUCAACUAAAAUUUUAAUUUAACCAGAUCUACAAGAUGAUAUCCACUUUGUAGUAUUUUGAAGGAAAAAAAAAUGUUGUCAUAGUAUAGUCAGUAUUAUUUUUGUUUUAUUGUGAUAUUAUUUAUGUUACCACCCAGUCAAGAAAUAUACUAUAGUGUUACAAAUUAUUGCAGUGAUAUUUUAGGUUAUACCACAUGAUAUAUUUUUGUACCUCAUCACCAUAAACACGUCUCCAAAGUAACAAUUUAUUUUGACAAAAAAGAGAAACAAAUAGAUAUCAUUCCUACGACGGGAUUAACCGAAGUGUUCAAACAGGUACAGGUCAACUAAACGACAUUCCUGUAGCAAUUGGAGUUAUGGAUUUUCAAUUUAUGGGGGGUAGUAUGGGAUCGGUCGUAGGCGAGAAAAUCACUCGUUUGAUGGAGUAUGCUGCCAAGAGAUCUUUACCUCUUAUUCUAGUGUGUGCUUACAAACCCAGAUUGCAUCAUAUGCGAGCCAAAAUUAUUUGACGAAGAAGCUACAGAAGUUGGGAAGAAGAAGGGCAGAAUUUGGCUAAGUCAAAAUCUGAGUUCAUGAUACCUACUUUGGAGGCAUAGUUAUCUCAAUUGGCUCGGUGAAAGUUCAAGGUUAGAUGUUUGUUUUGAAGAUAAAGUUACCCUCUACACAUUGGUAUGGUUUUUGGAUCCAGAGAAAUCCAUUAAGACCAUUUUCCAUACGCCCAAAGAUGCUAUAUGGAAAGCUGAAAACUGCAUGAAAAUGGCUAAGGCAGAAAACAAGUUUGUGAAGCCUACUUUGGAGCUCAAUUUGAGGAGCAUGGAUGUGAUUCGAGUCCAAAUGCUUCCACAACAUGAAAAUAGGUAUGUUUUUCUACAAAGGGAAAGCAUUGGAUCAAAGAUUGGAUAUCUGGAAGGCUUCGAACGAAAAGCACGAAGUUAGUACAAAAUUUGUUUUCUGGCAACUUGUGCUUGAAGAAAGAGAGUUUGUUGCCAAUUUUUGUGUUCUUUUUAGAGUUUGCUUUUUUACCUUAUUGUUUCCUUGUUCCAUUAGGUUUGUAUUAGAUUUUUCUUACUUUAAAUACCUUUCAAAUUCACGUUGUAAAUCAAACAAGUUUGUUGAAUAAAAAUUACUCGGCAUAGUUUUGUGUUCUUUGAGUUGUGUAUCGAGAAUCAAAUCCUUGAGUUAGCUUUGUGUGGAAUUUCAUUGCUAAUUCGAGAAUUCUUGUCAAACUUUUUUGUGAGGAUUCCAGAUUCGUUUGACAAGUUUCUUAUCAAUCAAGUAAACACCUUGAUUGUGGUGAAAUUCUACCUUUCCAUUUUAUAUUCGUACGAUCAGUUUGGGUCGAGUUUGGGCUGCGUAUUCUGAUCAAACAAGCACCCCUUUGUGCUUGUAUCAAAAUGUUAUUUUUCUGUGCAAACAAUUAUACAAAUUUCGAAAGAAAAUUUGAUAAAUGUGGAGGGAGAGGUUUGGGUUAAAAUAAAUGAAACUUGAUUCAACUUAAACUCCGGUUAUAAAAGAAAACUUGUGGAUGUAAAUUUUGAAAUAUCAUCUAAGAAAUUUUUGUAAUUAGUUCAGGUUUUGGGUGUUUCAAUUUGAAAAAAUCUGCAUUUAAACUUAGGUCUUUUAAUGUAGAUCACAUAACCAUUGUUUCGCUGAUUAUUUUGAAACCUAACAAAUAGGUGGAUGGAUCAUGGAGUUACCUAAGAGUAAUAGAGAGAAUGAAUGAGUAAAGUAUAUUACGAAUAAGUAAUUUUAUAGUUGGCUAUCAUCCUUCUAGAAAGUCUCCAUAACAAUGUGUUAAAGUCUAUAUGCUUUAAAUAUUGUUAUUGUUGUGUGAUGAUCACAUUAUUUCAGAUUAGAUGUGAGUAGUUAUGCAUUAGAAGACGUCAUGAAAUACGAUCCUAGACAUUUUUAGGAUUUAUAGAUUGAUUGUAUUUUAUCUGAAUUGCCAAAACUACUACACGAAGUGCACAUCACACAGCUUGAACAUCGAAGGGCCUUCCAGAUGGACUCGACCACGACAUUGUCCAUCCUGCAAAUGACGUUGCCCUGUCGCACCAACACAUGAGCCUCGUGCUGCAGUUCCAAAACCUUAUCAGUAGGGGUGAACAAUGGGUGGUUUUAUGCUGAUUUGUAUGAGUUUGGACCCACCCGUUACGUGGUGGAUGAAAGAGAAUAUGACCCACAAUCACCCAACAUGUAUUUGUGGGUGUGUUGGGUGAUUGUGGAUGGUGGACGGAUGGACAUUUUCGGUGGAUUUGUAUUUUAUAACAUAUAAACUUUAGUCUAUUUGCACUCACUCAAACUUUAGUGGGUCACUUAUUUUAGGGUUCAUACCCACACGAACCACUCACAACAUAAUGGGUAGGUCUUCAAAUAUUGAUAUUAGUUAGUAAUAUAAAAAGGGCUUAUUAGAUCAUAAUUCCAUAUUCCAUAACAAAAUGGACUAAGAUCACUGAGUGAAACGACACCGCUCAGUCUGUGGAUCUUCUGAAUUCGCCUGUCCUUUAUUAAUGGACCGUCACCGUCAGUCCGUCACAGUAAAUCCUAAAUACAAACGAGAGAGACUUGAAAAUUCUUCUAAAAUAAACAGAGACGCCCGUAAGAGCUUCCUCGUCGCCGGCUGUCCACCGUCGGUCUUGGCCAGUCUCAAUCCCGAGGCUUUUGAACUCGGCGAUCAUAAACGGAAUAGUACAGGGAGUUGGAGUUCAACCUUUUGAAGCCGUCCUGCCGGUUAUUUCUCUCUUCCUCUUGCCACCGCCAUCGAACAAUUUCAACUGCAAUUGGCCUUUGUGUGUAAAACCUAGGUAUUCUACUCUGUUCAGCCUGAUUAAAGAUUAUCUCUGAAGGGUUUGAAGGGUUCGUUCUUGCUUGUAUGAGAGACUGAAACUCUUCAAUUAUGUAUUUCGAUGGUGUAAUUGCCCUAGUAGUAUCUGAGAUCUCUGUUUCGCUUUCUAAACUUGCAGUCAAUUAGGGUUCUUUGAAGUGAUAACUCGGUAAAGUUAAACGAGGGGCGAGGGAAGAUGAGCAGCUCCGGUGCUGCAGGGCAAUCGGCAAAACCUGCCAAGGCUGGUUCCUCACAGCCUUCAGAAACAUCUGUUAAGAGGAAACGAGGAAUGUUUCAGAAAGAUUUACAGCACAUGAUGUAUGGGUUUGGAGAUGAUCCUAAUCCGAUUCCUGAAAGUGUGGCACUUGUGGAAGACAUUGUUGUAGAGUAUGUCACCGAUAUGGUACAUAAAGCACAAGAUAUAGGAUCCAAGAGAGGCAAAAUAUCAAUUGAGGAUUUCCUCUACUUGAUUCGCAAGGACACACCGAAGCUCAACCGGUGUACAGAACUGCUAUCCAUGCAAGAAGAGCUGAAGCAAGCUAGGAAAGCUUUUGACGUGGAUGAGGAGAAACUGGCUUCACUGGAGUGAUAUCGAAGGGCUGGAAAAUUGCAGUUGUCUUGCGUGUAAUUGAAGCAAAGAUGUGUAGUGACUUUUAUUGAAGGAAAUAACUCAAUACUUGCUUGUAGAUAAAGAUUCUCUUUUAUGAGUUUUCUCUCGCGGAGUAGUCUACUUGUCUCAGUCAAAGGGCAAAGGCAGAAUCUCAUCUUGCAGUUUCCACAUCCAGAGUGUUGUUUUGUUCCACGAGAAGAAAUCAUUCAACUUUAUUUUACUCCUUCCAACUUGUUUUCUUUUGUGCUCACAAAUCACAAUUGGUGGCUGAUGGCUUUUUGGUCAAUGUAAGUAACAGGUUUUGUUACACAAACUGGCCAGAGGAACCCGAUAUGAGAUAGUAGUUAAUACCGGUCAAAAUUUGUCAAUACCGACAAAAUUAGGUGUCCAAUCGGUAUAACCAGUUUUCGAUUUUAAACAAAAUGAUGUUGUUUGAAACUUUUAAUAAAUUUAAGUAACAUAA